UCCCGACCAGAGCGCUCACUGGGGCGCGCCGAGGCGCGAGUGGCCCGCCUGGGUUCCCGCUCCGGUGCAGACGGACCUCGCCCACUCCGACGCUGAGGGCGGAUGAGAGCGUCAUCAGAAACAGCAACUCCGUGUUUGCAUCCUUCUCCGGCUUCUGACGUGCGGCCCUGACGCCGUAGCCUCGAGGAGGUGGAGGUCGGUCAGGGUGGGGAGCUUUGAGGUAACCAAGUCUUAGCUUCAACCCCCAAACUCCUCAAGCUCGCCGCGUUCGUUGGUCCGUGGGUGGGAACGAGGCGCCCGGCUCCUGACACGCAGAGCCCAAACCUGGAAGCUCACUCGCUCCUUAUCCACUGGAAACGCUUUCCUCGCAGGACCUCAUGGAACCCAGAGGGACUAAGAGAAAAGCGGAGAAGACAGAGGUGGAAAAGCCUUUGCACAAACUCCCCCGGGCAGUCCCUUUACUGCGGACACAGCCCUCUCUGUACUCGGGACCCUUCCCGUUCUACCGGCGUCCAUCCGAACUGGGCUGCUUCUCCCUGGACGCACAACGCCAGUACCAUGGAGAUGCCCGAGCCCUCCGCUACUACAGCCCCCCUCCCAUCAACGGCCCAGGCCCGGACUUUGACCUCAGAGAUGGAUACCCUGACCGAUACCAGCCCCGGGACGAGGAAGUCCAAGAGAGGUUGGACCAUUUGCUGCGCUGGGUCCUGGAACACCGGAACCAGCUGGAGGGGGGUCCCGGCUGGCUGGCAGGGGCCACGGUGACAUGGAGAGGGCACCUGACAAAAUUGCUGACCACGCCGUAUGAGCGGCAGGAGGGCUGGCAGCUGGCAGCCUCCCGGUUCCAAGGGACACUGUACCUAAGUGAGGUGGAGACCCCGGCUGCUCGGGCCCAGAGGCUUGCACGGCCACCCCUCCUCCGGGAGCUCAUGUACAUGGGCUACAAAUUUGAGCAGUACAUGUGCGCAGACAAACCCGGAGGCUCCCCAGACCCCUCUGGGGAAGUUAACACCAACGUGGCCUACUGCUCUGUGCUACGCAGCCGCCUGGGAAACCACCCUCUCCUGUUCUCCGGGGAGGUAGACUGCCUGAACCCCCAGGCUCCUUGCACACAGCCUCCCUCCUGCUACGUGGAGCUCAAGACAUCCAAGGAGAUGCACAGCCCUGGCCAGUGGAGGAGCUUUUACAGACACAAGUUGCUGAAAUGGUGGGCUCAGUCGUUCCUCCCGGGGGUCCCACAUGUUGUUGCCGGCUUCCGGAACCCAGAAGGUUUCGUCUGUUCCUUAAAGACCUUUCCUACCAUGGAGAUGUUUGAAAAUGUCAGGUCUUCUGCCUCUUGUGCCCCCUCCAGAAUGACCGAGAAGGCUGGAAUCCCUCUGUGUGCAUGAACUUCUGUGCUGCCUUCCUUAGCUUUGCCCAGAGCACAGUAGUCCAGGACGAUCCCAGGUAAGGCCUUCAUGUUUGUGCACUGCCUCUGGAUCCCGGCUCAAUCUCUGGCUUCACCCCACACCUCUGUCUUCCACAGGCUUGUCCACCUCUUCUCCUGGGAACCUGGUGGCCCUGUCACUGUGUCUGUCCAUCGUGACGCACCCUAUGCCUUCCUGCCCUCAUGGUAUGUGGAGACUAUGACCCAAGACCUCCCACCACUCUCAAAGACUCCCUCUCCCAAGGACUGAGGACAAGUCUGGGCUCCGUGCAGAUAAUAAAGGCGUGUUUCUAA